UGCCUAUAGGGUUAUAAACAUAUAACUCUUCUCUAAUUAAUUACGUAAAUUAACACCUGUUUGUUCUCACUCUAUAUAAAUUAUAACAUUCUCAACAUAACCAAAUCAUCCAAGCAUCAAAGUGAAAAGAAGCAAGAACAAUAAAAGAAAGAAAGAUAUAAGAUUUGAUUAGAGAGAUGGAAAGCAAAGCAAGAGUUAUGGCCUCCUUAGUCCUAGUUGUAGUCGUAUGUGCCUUGGUUUUGAUCACUCCAGGAGUAGUAGCUCAUGAUCAGAAACCGCCGCAACCAAAAUCUCCACCGAGUUCUCCUAUCGAUUUAGAGAAAUGUUGGUCAUCUCUCUUCAACGUCAAUGGAUGCGUCCUCGAGCUAAUCAAAUCAGUUUUCAGUGGCAAAUUUGGAAAUUUUGGAGUUGCGUGUUGCAAGGCAUAUUCGGCAAUUGAUGCCAACUGUUGGCCUCAUAUGUUUCCAUUGAACCCGUUCUUCCCACCUCUUCUUAAAGACAAUUGUGCACGUAUCAUUCCCAAUUUGCCCGCACACAAGUGAAAUCGAUAAGAAAGUGGACCAUCAUUAGCUUAAAAAUUAAUAUUUGUAUUCAUGUUCU